UGAUACUAGCGCCACGAGAUGUUGAUAUAGAUUUACUUUCGGACAAAACAUAACCUUAUUAUUGCAUAUCUUGAUAAAUUUUGUAAAUAGCAUACGUUCGCUAUUUAUAAACUUAGUAAUUAAUCAUUAACGUUAUCUGUUCGUAUUAAUUAUAUUUAUAUGACAAUGUCCGAGACUAUAAAUGGAAUUUGUCUUUUAAUGUGUCCCGAGAAAGAAAGAUGGAUGUAAGUCAAAAUGGGGAGAGAGAGAGAAGGUUUAUUGCAUCGAUUUGAAAUUGAUGAAAAAACGAAACAUCUAAAAAGACCAAAAGCCGAUCCGAAUAAAAUAAUAAAAAGUUUUUCUCGUCCAGCUGCUGGUCAGAUUAUGACAGAUCCGAGUCUUUUACGACCAGGACCUGUAUUACUAUCAACAAUUAAAUAUUUAUUUACAAAGAUAUUAACACGCACAGAUGUAGAUUGGAUACAUAUAUAUGAUUUUACAUUUGAUCGAUUAAGAGCUAUACGGCAAGAUUUAGUGAUUCAAAGAAUUGGUACGAUUAUGAGUAUUCAACUUUUGGAACCCAUUGUACGAUUUCAUACAUAUGCCGCUCAAAGACUCUGUGAACGAAAUAUUUCUGAGUUUGAUCCAAAAAUUAAUGAUCAACAUUUGUUGGAAUGUAUUAAGCAAUUGUUAAUCCUCUACGAUACAGUAAACAAAACAGAGAAGUUAGAGCUUCAUGAAGACAUAGAAGCAUUAACAUUGAUUGAUAAUAGAGCAGAAAUGGAAGCAUUAUAUAUUCUUUUAAAUAUUGGAGAUAUCUCAGCAUUGAACAGAGCUUUAUCUCUUCCUGAAAAAUUAAGGCAUGUCACGAUAAUUGGAGGAAAUUCGAUUAGCCACAAAUAUAUCUAUAGCUUGGUACUUAAGGAACUAUGUACGAGUGUUUCGACUAAUACAAAAACUCCGUCCAAUACUUGUAUGUGCUGCAAUGUGCAAUUUAAAAAAUAUGAGAAGGUAUUUCGACAUUAUGUUUUAUCUUUUCAUUGUUAUAUAGUACAAGUACAUAUACUAUAUUUAUUUUCUUUUUUUUUUUUUUUAUAUUAUUUUAGAAAUGUAUUACAAAUUAUGAGUUCUGGAUAUAAUAAUAAAAUUCUCACAUUUCCUGGAUUAAAAUUACAAGAGUUAAUAUUGUACAAAGACAUAGAAAAACUUGAAAAUGACUGCAAACUAUUUAAUUUAACAUUUACUACUCAAAAUAUUUUGUUUCAAAAAACAUCGUUUAACGAUAAAAUAUUAUUGGCAAAUAGUGAAAUGUAUUAUACGCCUCAAAUAUUACACAAGUUCUUGCCGAAUAUACUUCUGGGAUCUUUAUAACCAAAUUAUUAAAAAAAUUAUCUCCUUUCCUUUUUUCAUUUAAAAUUGAUUAGUAUAAACAAUUUUGGUUGUUAGACAAAAAUAAAAAUAUACAAUAUUCUUCACUGCUAAAUUUUUUAUAAAAAUUUUUUAUGCGCAAUAUUAUCAACUGUACUUAAUCAUAAAUAAAAAUGUAAUAUAGAUUUCAUAUAACAAAUAUUUUAUACAAGUUCGUUAAUUAUUUAUAACCUAUGCAUCAAACCUCUAUUUUCAGGAUGAUGUAAAAGUAAAUUAUAUUUUAAUAAUUACAUCAGUCUAUUGUGAAUCACUAGAUGAGCUACUGGACGAAUCUGUUGACAUAACUUCAACAUCUUCCGUUUCUUGUUUGUGAGUAUUCAUAGCUACACUCCCUUGUCCACCCACAGACAUAUGAAUUUCUCCUGAUGGAUGCCAUGCAAACUGGUUUGCUUGUGACACUGGAGGCUCUAAAAUAAUACUUAUUUGA